AACAGCGACCCUCUGUUCGCUGUUUUAUCAGUUCCCUGUCUACAUAUCCUGCAUAGGCGACGAUGGAUUUCUGGGAAAUGUAGUUUCACUGUGUACUUUAGAAGGAGUAAAAGAAGCGAUGAAAUUGUUUUCUGUAGCAAAAUGAAAACUUCGUCGACAGUUGCGUGAUAGAUUGACCGAGGGAAGCCUUUUUAGUAUGUAGAUACAUUAAUACAGAACAUGUCAUGAUCUUUGCUGAAUUUCUGCUGCCAAAGUCAGGCAGCCAUUAAAGGCACGGGAGGAGCCUUACCAGGAGAAGAAGAAGAUUUUUUUUUUUUUUGUCAAACUACAGUGAUAAUAAUUAUCUCACAGUGUUGCAGGUUACUACAGUUUGAGAACUCAGUUCUUAGGGAAUCGACAGUGAUAGUAUUGUGUCGAAAAGUUUAUGUUCCCCUAUUGAGUAUGAGCUGGCACUGUUGUCUGGGAUGCAAACACUGAGGUUCCACAACUGCAGGCAAAGAAGAUGCUCCAGACCAGUAGCUAUAGCCUGGUGCUCACCUUGCAAUUCUUACUGCUGUUCUAUGACCUCUUCGUCAACUCCUUCUCAGAACUGCUGCGCAUGGCCCCUGUCAUCCAGCUUGUGCUGUUCAUCAUUCAGGAUAUUGCCAUCCUCUUCAAUGUUAUCAUCAUCUUCCUCAUGUUCUUCAAUACCUUCGUCUUCCAGGCUGGCCUGGUUAAUCUUCUCUUCCACAAAUUUAAAGGAACUAUUGUCCUCUCAGGAGCGUACCUUGCUUUGAGCAUAUUCUUCCACAUCUGGGUUAUGAACCUCCGCUGGAGAAAUUCCAACAACUUUGUGUGGACAGAUGGACUGCAGGCCCUCUUUGUGUUCCAAAGACUGGUGGCUGUGCUCUACUACUACUUCUAUAAGAGGACUGCUGUACGCUUGGGAGACCCACGUUUCUACCAGGACUCUCUUUGGCUACGAAAAGAGUUUGCUCAAGUCCAGAGCUGAUUGAUGCUUCCUGGGUAUCUCAAGCAGGUCAGCCUGCUAUGAUGUCACAGAAUCCUCAUCAGUAUCUCGCAGCAUCUUUUCUCCUCACAAUUCCCUAUAGCCCUGUUCUGCAUUUGGUAGAGUCAGUGGAUUUCAUCCCAUUCCUAAACCCUGUGUGAAACAGACGACUCUGCUCUUCUGUGAACUCCUUGCUUGCUGCUACAGGCUUCUUGGUUUCAAAGCACUCCACAUUCCUUCUUUCAGAUAUGCAAACUGCAGUUUCUGCAGCCUUACUGAGGAAUGAUCUGAAGUGCCAAAUCAGUUUGGCUGAGAACUCUCAACACCAAGAAGCAAUGCUGCAGUAUCCCUCUCGGAAAUGUUCCCUCAUUCACCUAUUUCUGUCCUUCUGACAAGAAGAGCACCUUCAUUAGAACCAUUGGUGCUUGCCAUCCUAAGCGCAUAAUUACUUAUAAAAGGACUGCGCUUUAGCUUUGCAAUGUUUCACCUGGGCCAAUUGACUUGGUAGAUUCCCCUUUUGUAUUUUUGUGAGCGUGUUUUUAUAAAUUAUGAGAAAAUAAAUAAGCUCUUUUCCAGAA